CUUAUUGAAGCGACAAGUGUAAAUGCAGGCGAUAUUGAGAACGCAACAUUUAUGGAUUGCAUGAUGCAUAUUUUUUCAUUCCCUUGGAAAAUUCUGGGAGCUCUGGUGCCACCAGUAAGCAUUCUUGGUGAUUUGGCAAGUAUAUUUGGCUGCAUGGUUGGUUUAAAAGAUGCGAUUACAGCGAUAACCCUGGUUGCUUUGGGUACCAGUCUGCCAGAUACAUUUGCUUCGAAAAUUGCAGCUGAAAGUGACACCACGGCGGACAAUGCAGUUGGUAAUGUUACUGGAUCGAACGCAGUCAACGUGUUUCUUGGGCUUGGCUUGCCAUGGACAAUUGCAGCUAUUUACUGGGCAACAAAAGAUCAAGUUUUCGUUGUAAAUUCCGGGAAUUUAGGCUUCAGCGUGUCUGUCUUCAUGGCUACGACGACAAUUUGUUUGGCUCUACUGGUGGCCCGACGAAUGCUGGCAUUCUUUGGCAAAGGCGAACUUGGCGGCCCAGUUGGACCCAAAAUGCUUAGCUUUCUAAUUCUUGUUCUCCUAUGGUUAGCUUACGUAUCUUUGUCGGUUUUGCAAGUUUAUGGUUAUGUUCAUGUUUGA